AUGGCGACGAGGACUAAAGGCUCAAGCAGUGAAUUUUCUUUUAUUCAAAGAAAAACAUUCAAAGAUAUUUCACUAGAACCUGAUGAAACAUUCCCAGGCUUUUGUAACAAAGUUAAGAGAGAAGCUAAACAUUGUGCUUUUAAAUGUGACAGUCCUACAUGUACAGCUGAGUCUACAGCCAUCAGAGAUCAGAUAAUUAUUGGAACAUCCAACAACAAUAUCAGUGAAGAAGCUCUUCUUAGAGAUUGGAAUCUAACAGAUUUAUGCCAAAAAGGGAUGGCAAUGGAGAGUGCUGCUAGAGGUGGUAUCGAAAUUGCUGGUGAAACUUUAAAUAGAGUUGGUCAAUAUUCUUACAAUUCACUUCUGAAAUCGAAGCAGUCCGAAAAAGCUAGAAAGCCCACUUCAAACCAACGAGUUCUAAGCUGCUUUUAUUGUGGAAACAACUUUUCGACCUCUAUCGAUCAACAUCGAUCUAGAUGUUCAGCUCGUAACAUGCAAGAAAUGUUCAAAAAUUGGACAUUUUUCUUCUGUCUGUAG